ACUGUUUUUAACCGUGUCAUGCCACUUUAAAAAGUACUUUCAACGCAAGAUCAUAUUUAGCUCCCUACGUACAGUGCGUCGACAGUUGAUUCUGAGAGUUAAGUGGAUUGUGUUCAUACUAGAAGCUGUGUUACUGCAGAGAAAUACCGACAUUUUGAGCUAACAUUCCAAGAUGAGUGGAAAGGAACCCCUGACGUUUGGUGGCGGCGGCGGCUGCAACAAAAACCGUUUACUGAUUGGAGGAGUUAUUGGUUUCGUUGUAUUAGCUAUAGUCAUUGGAUUAGCUGUUGGAAUCCCACUUUCUAAACGAAGCACUGACGAGGAAAACCUUGCACGUGCUAAAAGAGUCCUUGACGACGUUCCACUCAUUGAUGGACAUAAUGAUCUGGCAUGGCAGUACCGUAAGCAGGCACAAAAUCAGAUUUAUCAAGUUAAUCUAGCCGAGUCGUUGAUAGGAGUAUGGAAUAUAACACAUACUGAUAUACCUAGAAUAAAACAAGGACAAUUAAGGGCACAGUUUUGGGCCUUGUAUGUACCAUGUGAUUCCCAGUAUAUAGACGCUGUUCGCCAGUCUCUUGAUCAAAUGGAUACAAUAAAGAAAUUUGUAGCACGUUACCCAGACGUCUUCAGAUUCGUGACAACUGCGGAUGGAAUAAUGAAUGAAUUCAAAUUUAAAAGAUUCGCUAGUUUGGUUGGAUUAGAAGGUGGACAUUCUAUAGAUAGCAGUCUUGGUAAUCUGCGCAUGUUUUAUGACCUUGGGGUCAGAUACAUGACAAUUACUCACAGUUGCAAUACACCAUGGGCUGAUAACUGGAAGAUGGAUAAUGCUGAUAAUACAAUUACACCACUUAAUGGUCUUACAGAUUUUGGCAAGUUAGUUAUAAAGGAGAUGAAUAGAUUAGGAAUGUUAGUAGAUUUAUCCCAUGUAUCUGAGAAGACAAUGUUAGAUUCUCUAGAAGUAUCGACAGCUCCUGUUAUAUUCAGUCAUUCUUCAGCCUGGGCGAUAUGUAAUCAUAACCGCAAUGUCAGAGACAACGUACUCUUAAAAACAAAAGAAAAUGGUGGUGUAGUAAUGGUCAACUUUUAUUCAGAUUACGUUAAUUGUGCUCCAAAUAAUUUAACGGAAGCAACAUUAGCUCAAGUUGCCGAUCAUAUUGAUUAUAUUAAAAACUUAACUGGUGUUGAUCAUGUGGGAAUUGGUGCUGAUUAUGAUGGCGUGGAAAGAGUACCUGUUGGUCUAGAAGAUGUAUCCACAUAUCCCGCACUGUUCGCUGAAUUAGCUAGACGAGGCUGGACUGAUGUUGAACUUAAAAAAUUAGCUGGUGAAAAUCUUCUCCGAGUUUUUAAGAAAGCAGAAGAGGUUCGUGAUCAAAUGAUGAAAGAUGGAGUACCACCAUAUGAAGAUCAUAUCGCAGAUGGACAACUCAAAAACACAACAUGUCGUAGCGGCCCGUUUUAAUUAACUGUUUAUUUUCUAGUUUCAUUUUACAUUAUAUAUAUAUAGUGGACUUUCAUCCAUUACCUUUUUAGUGGAGAGAAUCUUUGGACGAAAGUUUAAACCAACAUAGCCUAAAUCAAUCACGUACGGCCCAUUUUCCAUGUACGCGUUUUCGCCGGCAAAAAUUUCGGCUUGUAAUGGGACCGAGUCCAUGUAACCGGUGAAAAGGCGUAUAUGGAAAAUGUGCCUUAGACUGGGUCGGUGGAUCUUUAGAGGAAAGUCAACCAUAUGAGCUGUUUUGUGUGGAAGAAGCCAUGAGAAAAUAUUGAUUGUGGUAUAGUUAAUGUUACACGCAAGUUGUGUUACUUUACAACGCUGUAGUUUAGUUCAGAUAGAAUUUACACGUAUUACGUUGUUGCUUUUUCCUUCAUUUUAAACAGUAUGGCUAAAUGUGUAGCUUGUUCAAAUCGAUUAUAGAUAUUAUGUCAUUACGCAUGUACUUGACGAAGUGCUUGCCAAUCUCACAUAUAAGAAGGGUGAUUCUGGACUUACACAUCGUAUUUCUUUUAAUAUCGAGGGUUUUUUUUUCAAAUGCAUAAUAUGUUCAGAAAUGACCAACUAAUCUAUUAUUAUAUAUCCUAAAUAAACUAUUUUUCUUACUUUUUAA